AUGAUGAGAGUGCUGAUAGUUUCCAGUGUGCUCUGUGCUUUUAUUUUGACCAUUAAUGGUCAAUUUAACCAAGCACAGCAAAUGUCGGGCUUCCAACAAAGUUCGCCUUCUCAAAUGCCCAAUUCGAUGGGAAAUGGUCAAAGCAAUCAAUUCAUCCCGCAAAAUAUCAAUAAUAAUGGCUUCCGAAUUCCAUACCCUCAAUGUCUUUCGACUGAUAUUGCAGCAUCGAUGUUGACUCCAUCCGCAUUACAAAGUUUAUUUGAAACUAAACUUCAACAAGAAGAAAGAAAAUUAGCAAAUGAACGUGCUCGUAAUACUGGUUUGAAUAACAAUGAUAUCAUGGAUUUUGAUGCUGUACAAUUACGGGCAGGUACACAUAACGGUGCUUUGGUUGCUCGUGUUGCCACCAAAGUUUCUCAAGAACUCGUUGCUAUACUUGGAUGUGAAACCAAUGCAACAAUCACUCAGUAUCUAGAUCAUUUCUUGAAACGAAUUCAUUUACCUGGAAAUACUUGUGUAUUUGCUGCCAACCCAGAUUGCAGUAACUUCAUCAACGUUCGAACAAUAACCGGUGUAUGUAACAAUCUGCAACGCCCAUACGAAGGCAGCUCACAAACCGCAUACGCACGUUUACUACCAGCAGCUUAUGAUGAUGGAUUAAGCAAACCACGUUCACAAUCAGUUCUUGGCGGUCCAUUGCCAUCAUGCCGUCAAAUCAGUUUAUCCAUGGGAUCCAAGCCGGUGUUUGAUACUAGUUACAACAACUUCUUUGUUGCUUACGGUCAAUUCAUCAUGCACGAUAUUAUCUUGUCUCUACCCGUUACCGACUCUGGUAGUACACCGAUUUCAUCAUGCAGUUGUGAAUCACAGGAUACAGAUAUGUGCACUGUUGUCGAUGUGGCACCAAACGAUCCGUUUAUGGCUGGACAACAAUGUAUGGCAACACCAGCAACAGCUCAAGCUUUCAGUGAUCAAGUUUGUUCACUCGGUGUCAAGGAACAAAUGAAUGGCAAUUCACAUUAUAUCGAUUUAUCUGUAACAUACGGUAGCACAAGACUAACAGCUCACGGUUUACGCACUGGCACUAACGGUUUCUUGAAAACAGCCAAACGAUCAUGGUCGAAAUUUGAUCUUCCACCCGGUCAACGUGAAGGUAGAUCCUGUGUUGAUGGAACAGACAGCGAACGUUGUUUUGCUGGUGGUGAUUCACGUUUGAUGGAAAACCUUAUUUUAACUGGUAUUCAAGCUCAAUGGGUGCGUGCGCAUAAUAUUUUCACAGUUGAACUGGCCAACAUCCGUCCAGACUGGAAAAAUGAUGAUUUUCUUCUAUACGAAGAAGCUAAAAGAAUCUUAGUUGCUGUUCAUCAACGCAUUACGUAUGACGAUUGGUUACCAAUCUUAAUUGGCAAAGAAGCAGCAAAUCGCUUUACAGGAGAUAAUGGCGUAACAAGUCGUUACGAUCCAUCAAUGCCGGGUGUUGUGUUUAACGAAGCUGCAGCCGCCGCCCUUCGUCUACAUACGUUAGUUCGUGAUUUAUUCACACGUUGCACACCAAAAGGUGAAUUGAUUGAUCAAGUUUGGCUCCGCGACGUGAAUGCCAAAUGCAAAUUAGCUUAUGAUGCUGCAAACAAUGGCGUUGAUUCAUUGCUCUGUGGCUCAUUAUUCGACUAUGGUUUUGCUGGCGAUACAAACUAUGUCCAAGACAUUCAUCAUCGUUUAUUUGAAUCUGUCAACCGACAGGGUGAAAUCCGACGUAACGAUAUUGUUGCAAUCAAUAUCUGCCGUGCUCGUGAACACGGUAUCCCGGGCUACAACGCCUUCCGACAACUCUGCGGUCUUCCGCGUGCAAGCCAAUUCCAAGACUUCACAGAUACGAUGAGUUUCGAAAAUGCAGGCAAACUACAAAUGAUCUACAAACAUCCUGAGGAUGUUGAUCUCUUCAUUGGUAUCAAUCAUGAAAACCAUGUACCUGGCGGCUUAGUCGGUCCAGUUUCAGCAUGUAUCAUUGGUACACAAUUCAGACAUCUUAAAUAUGGCGAUCGUCACUUCUACAAACACGAAGGCCAAUUUACACCAGCCCAACUUGAUGCCAUAAACAGAUAUUCAAAUCAAUGCUUUUUCUGCCAUACAACUGAUAUUGAAAAAGUCCAAGCAAAUCCAUUCCAACCACCCAAUGAUCAAACAAAUCCAUUAGGAUUAUGCAAUCAAUGUCCUAUUUUUGAUUUCAAUCCAUGGCGUGUUGAUUCACGUACUAUGGGUUAA